GUGCGCUACAAGCCAAGGCUGGCGUUUUGCAUGCGCAUUAAUUACAAUAUUUCGCCGUCAUAAAUUGGAGGACGACGCGUUACUGUCGUCAUUCUGAAACAAGAAUAAAUGUACUGUUAUUUUUCGUGGUUAAUUCAGUAAAGGAUGAUAGCUUGCAUGGCGUUGGAGUUUUAGUUUAGAAAGCACCCGGGGACGAGAGCAGUAUCAUCAAACUAAAUUUGGAAAAGUGACGUCUGAGUUGUGAUCCUGCGGAGCUCUGCCCUCGCACUGCUUCAUUGGACCAGGCAGGGCUGCAAGCAUUGCGGAGACGGCGCAAAUGAGCGAAGCCAAUGGGUUAGAAGUACGUUACAAGAAGCACAGUGAUUCAUCGGAAACGCCAACAGCAUCCAGUUACAGCAAGGCGUGGUGAAUUCAGAAAUCGCUGCUCUCCCACCUUUCAAAAUCAUUUAUGCUUUUCCAUUACCUAUGAAGCAAGGAGUAAUUCAUCUAUUCGCAGAAAAAAAAGUGAUGUUCAAUGGGCAGUGAUCUACCAACAAGGACCAAGCUGCUGAAAUGGACAGGACUUAUGGCAGGAGAUGCACACCAUCCCGCGUUUAGUUUCCACCCUGAACAACGCCGGCGAGUGUUAGAGGACACGGGGGGAAAUUAACCCAAAGAUGGAGUUACCAUGACAACUACUGAUGUAUUCCCGGAGUUCCCUCCACCAAUAUCCGAUAAAGCAAGCGGAGAGACCCCAAAGAAGAGGCAGAUGCUACACACGUUCGCUGCCGUCGUCGUGCUUUUGGCCACGGGAACUACCAUAACCAGCCUCAACAAAUGCAUCUUCGCUGUGUAUAAUUUUCGUUACCCGCUCCUGUUGUCGGCUCUUCACAUGCUCACGGCGAUUGUUGUCGACUAUGUUUUGAUCCGAAUGGGAUUCGUAAAUCUGAAAAUUAAAGAAAUCAGCCUCCUCCCUACCGCUGCUAAAGUCAAGGUGUUUCUGCUGAGCCUUACAUUCUGUGCCACCAUUGCUUUUGGGAACAUGGGAUUAAAUUGUGUGCAGGUCUCCUUUGCUCAAGUGAUCUCCACCACCACCCCUCUCUUUACCAUUGCUAUCUCAAAGCUCUUCUUGGGAAAGCACCAUCACAUUCUUAAGUACACUGCCAUGAUGCCCAUCUGUCUUGGAGCUUCAUUCAGUCUUCUUGGCGAGGUACAGUUUGAUCACAAAGGAUGCUUCUACAUUUUUGCUGCCACCAUGCUGAGAGGAGUAAAAUCCAUCCAACAAAGUAUUCUGCUUCAGGAAGAAAAGAUCAACUCUAUCAUCCUGCUCUACUUGAUGUCCAUACCAAGCUUCUGUAUUCUUAUUUCAGCUGCAUUUCUGCUGGAAAGCGGCACGGUAUGGGAGCCGUCCAUUAAGUAUGACAACAGACUUUGGAUUUUUAUUCUUCUUAGCUGCCUGGGCUCUGUACUGUACAACUUGGCAAGCUUCUGUGUCACCACACUUACCUCUGCUGUCACUCUGCAUGUUGUGGGAAAUCUCAAUAUGGUUGGAAACCUCGUCAUUUCACAGGUCCUCUUUGGCAGCGAGAUGACUGUGUUAGGCUACGCUGGUAUCGGGCUUACACUAACGGGGGCACUGAUGUAUCAGAACUCGGACUUAAUAGCAGACUAUUUAAAUUCGAGAAGCAAACAUCAAGAGCAAGACCGUUUAAAAACUGACUGAAAGAAAGCCUUGUAUAUAGGCAUGGAAUAAUACAUUCAUGAUUCAAUAGGAUUAAAUUGUGCCAAACUGCAGGCAGACAAAAUGUUAAAGAUAUUAAAGUAAAGCACAUUGCCUUAUUUAAGAAUGGUUUACUCAAUAUUUUGUUCUCUUUAAUUGUAUGAUAAGUCUGUGACUGGAAUUGCAUUUAUUUCAUCCCAUAGAUUCCAGAACAGAUUAUUAAAUAGCUCAGUUUUUAUUGUAAAGAUAUUUUCGUGUUAUUGCAUGAACAGGAAAAACUAACAAUAUUAUAUUGCACAUUGCACACAAAUUUUGAAAUGCUCUUCUGCUUCUUUCCAGCUUUAAGCCAUCAGAAUUUCUGAUCAGCAGGAAAGGCAGAUAAAACACAGUGCCCUAUUUCAUAUCCAAUAAAAGCAUCAUUUUACAGCUGCUGGCUUUGGAUAGUUGUUAAGAGCAGACCAAUGAGUCCUGAUACACUUUACCAGU